GGGCAGGUAAAGCCGAUUGAAUUCCGACAAGCAGGUAGAGUGAGGUAGCGAACGGGCGCGAUCGCCAGAUCGUCCGACUGGAAGCCAAAAAAAUAAAAUAAAAGAGAACAGUGCGGCUUGCUGCCUCUUCGCCGUUUGAGGUCAAACUUGGGACGACUCGCCGGUUUUGUUUUGUCAUGAGGGCACGGGCGGGCGCUGCGAUUUUGGAUUGAGCGACCGCGCCGCUGCAAUGCCCGCUGGAGUUGCGUUCACGGCCCUCCUGAUGCUGUUGGAAUCCGCGGCGUCGGCGCAGCCUGCCGCCCCGCCUUUGGCGCCGCCCACCAACGUGACGGUGACGUGCGACGACGGCGCGGCCACGGCGAGCUGGCAGUACGAAGAGGACGCCGACGUGCGCUUCCUGGUCUACGUGGGCGACUCGGGGGGGCGCCGCCGCCACCUGCGGGACUGGACCUGGCGGCGCGACUACGGGAACCUGAGCGCCUGGGUGUGGGAGUCGCUGGAGAGCGUCAUGGACGUGCACUCGGUCAGCGUGGCGGCCGUGGCGGGCGCCGACCGCUCGUCCGCCAACGCCUCCGUCACCUUCACGUACAACAGCGUCAAGAUGGCCGACGUCAUGUGCAAGUUGGACUUUCCUCACGUGGAUGUGAAGGCGAGCGACGCAGACGACGUGAGCGCCGCUGUCAUCUUCCGCAACCCGCUGCGCCACCACCCGCAACUGAGCCGCGCCACGCGGCGGGCCGCCGUCUCCUUUCAGUUCAAGGCUAACUACGGCGCUGGGGAGGUGUCGGCUUCCUGCGGUCAGGACCAGAACGAGUGCCGGACGGACGUGUCCUUCCCGCCGGGUUCCGCCGAGUGCGUCACGCUGACGGGCCUGGUGAGCGACUCGGCGGGCGGCUCGCUGGCCUUGAGGUCGUCGCCGCUGGUUUGCGUGGAGCGCCGGUCGGAGCGCGCGCCGCUCGCGCUCCUGCUGGGCGUCCCGCUGCGGGUGCCGCUCAUCUUCCCGGGAGACGACAACUCUUCGGGCGUUUGCUGCACGGAAAUGGAAAGUCUUCACGCCGCGCUGGAGGAGGAAGCGGAAGGCGAGCAGGAGCCGGAGGAGGAGGAGCCGGAGGAGGAGGCGGCGGCCUGGGACUCCAAUUACGACCGCGUCCAUGUGAAUGUGGAGGUGCAGAUGGGCAAUGGAGACAAGGCUUGGGGCUACAAGGAAAGGUAG